GUUGCAGCUGCUGUCCACGAGCAGGAAGAAGCUGCUGCUUUAAGAGCGGAGAACAUGCGCUCGACGCACAGGUGAACAAUCAGCUCAGCCCAACUUCUCCCCCUGUGGGCUACAACUUUUCCCACCCCAUUUUCCUUGUUUUGUUGGGGGGGGGUGCUCAUAUCGUGCAGAUUCGAGUGAGGAUUUGGUUCUGCGACGCGAUAUUUUCGAAUAUUUCUGAGCAAAUGUCUCGUAAGAAGGCAGCCAGAGGCAAAGCGGCGAGCAGCAGCCCGUCGGCCGGCAGCCCCGCGGGGAGAAGCUCCGGGAGGGCAGCCAGGAGCAGCCCGGGGGCCGGGGUGGUCCAUCCGAGCAGACCCUCCAUCAGCAGCAGCAGCGAGUUUUAUGACAUCGCCUUCAAGGUAAUGCUCGUUGGAGACUCUGGUGUGGGGAAAACCUGCCUCCUGGUUCGAUUUAAAGACGGGGCUUUUCUUGCCGGCAGCUUUAUCUCCACUGUGGGGAUCGACUUUAGGAAUAAAGUCCUGAACAUUGAUGGAGUCAAGGUGAAGCUCCAGAUCUGGGACACAGCUGGACAGGAACGCUUCCGAAGUGUCACUCAUGCCUACUAUCGGGAUGCCAAUGCUCUCCUUUUGCUGUACGACGUCACUAACAAAUCGUCCUUCGACAACAUACAGGCAUGGCUGACUGAGAUCCAUGAAUUCGCCCAGCAGGAUGUGGUGCUCAUGCUGCUUGGUAACAAGGCUGAUGCCACUCAUGACAGGGUGGUGAAGAGGGAGGAGGGGGAGAAGCUGGCAAAGGAAUUUGGAGUUCCUUUCAUGGAGACCAGCGCCAGGUCAGGUCUUAAUGUGGAGCUGGCUUUCACAGCCGUGGCCAAAGAGCUGAAGCACCGAUCCACGAAGGAUACCGGUGAGAAGUUUAAGCUCCAGGAAUAUGUAAACAAGGAGGUGAAGGGGGUGGGCUGCUGCAGGUCCUAAAUGGCUUCACGUGUUUGUCCAUGUGUUGUUCGCUCAUCUUUAUACUGCUUGGGAUCUUUUCUGGACUUUCAAAAAAUGAGAAGUCGGCUUUGUGGAGAUAUAAACCUUUUUUUUCUGUUUCUCCAAUCUCUGUAUACACCUCCUCUGUUCUCCUCCUCAUGCUUCUCUUUUUCUGCGGCUGUGAAUGCAGCUCAAGGUUAUGGUUUGAAAAAGAAAAGCAGCCCCCUUCAGUUCGCUCCCUGCUAUUAGACAUCUAUAACUGUAGCUGCACAAGAGUCUGUUUAACCCUGAAACAAAAUGCAUCGCCUUGUGUGUUGAACAUUCAAAGAAUUUAAUCCCAACAUGAUUCAACUCACUGGAGACAAAAUGCAUGUUGUGUAAAGUGGUUUAUUUCUCACAUGCACUUAGAAUAUCAUUGGCAGCUUUAUUUAAAACAUUG